AAAACGAAUCGCGAACGAGCGCUCGAGAUCUCGCUCUACCUCGUUCGUUCGCCAUGGGAGGUGCCCACAAGGUCACCACCUCCGCCGCCUCCGCCUCUUCCUCUUCCUCCUCCACCCGGCGCUCCUUCCUCUCCGGGUUCUGGUCCUCCGUCCGCCGCCUCGGACUCCUCGAGCUCAUCCUCCUCGGGAUCGGCGCCUCCAUCGGCGCCGGCAUCUUCGUCGUCACCGGCACCGUCGCGCGCGAUGCGGGGCCGGGUGUUACAAUAAGCUUUGUUCUUGCUGGAGCAGCAUGUGUGCUCAAUGCCCUCUGCUAUGCUGAGCUAGCAUCGCGCUUUCCUGCUGUGGUCGGAGGAGCAUACUUGUACACAUAUGCUGCGUUUAACGAGCUCACCGCAUUUCUAGUUUUCACCCAACUAAUGCUGGAUUACCAUAUUGGUGCUGCUAGCAUUGCACGCAGCUUAGCUAGCUAUUUUGUAUCGCUCUUGGAGUUGUUUCCUUUCUUGAAGGGCCAUUUUCCCAGCUGGAUUGGACAUGGUGGCAAAGAGUUUUUCGGGGGAAUUGUUUCCAUUAAUAUAUUGGCUCCGAUUCUUCUGAUCAUCUUAACAAUAAUUCUUUGCUAUGGCGUUAAAGAAUCUUCAGCAUUUAAUUCCUUUAUGACUUCAUUGAAGGUUCUUAUUGUUAUAUUUGUCGUACUUGUUGGUGCAUUCGAGGUAGAUGUAUCAAACUGGACACCAUUUGCACCAAAUGGUUUUAAAGCUGUUGUUACUGGAGCAACAGUGGUAUUCUUCGCGUAUGUUGGAUUCGAUGCUGUUGCUAAUUCUGCUGAAGAAUCUAAAAGACCACAGAGGGACUUGCCUAUUGGCAUCCUAGCAAGCCUUGUGGUAUGUGUCAUUCUAUAUGUUGGUGUAUGCUUGGUAAUAACUGGAAUGGUUCCGUAUCAACAACUGGGUGAAGAUGCUCCCCUAGCUGAAGCUUUUACUGCGAAGGGAUUGAAGUUCGUUUCUAUUUUAAUCAGCAUAGGCGCUGUUGCUGGUCUGACAACAACCCUUCUUGUUGGAUUGUAUGUUCAGUCACGCCUCUAUCUUGGGCUUGGAAGGGAUGGUUUGCUACCCAAAAUCUUUGCUAAUGUGCACCCGACACGGCACACUCCUAUCCACUCUCAAGUAUGGGUCGGUACUGUAGCUGGCAUAUUGGCGGGUCUCUUUAAUGUACAUGAGCUGUCACAUAUUCUUUCAGUUGGUACACUGACUGGCUAUUCUGUCGUCUCAGCAUGUGUAAUAACUCUUCGCUGGAAGGACAAAGCAACAAAUCGUACUCCUUUGAGAUGCAUUUCAUCCUGGCUUGAAGGUGUUAUAAGUCUUAUAAUAGUUGCCUGUGGUGGGUUUGCUGCUGGACUUUGCUAUCGUUUUGGUGCCUCGUACAUCUAUUUACUUGUUGCUGUUGUGAUAGCCAUUCUUGCUGCUGCUGCUCUUCAUUUUCGACAAGCUUAUGCCGACCCGGCAGGCUUCUCUUGCCCUGGAGUUCCCAUUAUUCCUGUUGCUUCCGUCUUUUUCAAUAUCUUCCUUUUUGCACAGCUACAUGAAGAGGCAUGGUACAGAUUUGUCAUUCUCAGCCUCAUCUCUGUAGUUAUAUAUGCGAUUUAUGGUCAAUAUAAUGCAGUUCCUGUGAGCUCAGAACACUCGGUAGUCUACCAUGGAGUUCCUUCGGAGGCAGCUUAGUAGCUAUGUUUAAUUUUUCGGAUCGUCUCAAAUACUUUAUACUCUAAAAUAUAUACUGAGGACAUUAGAUCCUUUUAAAUACCUCCUACUCUAAAAUAUGUACUGAGGACAUUAGAUCCCUGGUUUUACAAAUUGAUCCUGCUCUUCAUGGCUUGCGAUUUCUAUUUGCCACAAAAUAUUGGCGAAGUUAUUCUAGAGUAUCAUUCCUUGUAAAGAAUCUGUAAACGUACAUUGGUUAACUACUAUUGCAGUUCGCAAAUUCGGAAUACUGCGCAAAUUGCCAUUUUGUUCUUUUCA